UACCCGUGGAAGUCGAGCUUAAAUAAAUAAAUAUAUCGACUGACAAACAGCAAGCCGGUAUAAAUAUAUAAUACAGGUUCAAAGAAAAUAUUUCGUACGUUGCAUCGGAUCUGUAUCGUGUGUUUUACAAAUGUUUGCAAAUCAUAUGCAUAGCCGGAAGCGAGUUUGACUCGGGUAGACUUUGCUCUCCCCUCAUUGAAACAGAUCAUUCAGUGUGAUUCAGUGUAUUACGUCCACGGGAAAGUGUGACGUCUGGCGUUUGGAAGGAAGAAUUUAUGAGUUCAAUUAAUUGAAUAUAAAGUCCGAGCACAGUAUGCGCGCCUCUCGACGCGCAGACUUGAUGUCCGGAUAAACAAUUAUCGUCUGGUUAUCGUGUGUUCGUGUCAUAUAGCUCAUUGCCGGUCAAAGUGUCAAUCCAGCACCAGGUUAACAGAAGAUGGAAGUGCAGCCGGAGUUGAUCACGGAAUUGCGGGAGAAAUUUUUUAAGACGCCGCCCGAUCCCAAGUUCCAUCCAGCAGAUGUUACGAGGGUAAAAGAGAAUAACAAUUGGUUGAAAAGAUUUUUGGAACACAAUGAGAAUAAUAUGCAAGAAUCCUAUAAUAUGUUAUGGGACACUUGCGCUUGGAGAAGUAAAUUUGGUACAAAUGAAAUUACGGAAGAUAAUGUGAAAAAGGAAUAUUUAGAUGUUGGAUUAUGUUUUAUACACGGCAAAGAUAAGGAUGGGAAAACGAUGUUUGUUAUUAGAUGUAAAUUACACACUCGAGGCAGCAAAGAUUUCAAUGAGUUGCAAAGACUUGUCGUGUACUGGUUCGAAAGAUUAGAAAGAGAAACUAAUGGCAAUCAAAUAUCGCUUUUCUUUGAUAUGUCAGAAAGCGGUUUAUCUAACAUGGAUAUGGAAUUUAUCAGGUACCUUAUCGGUCUUUGUAAAAACUAUUACCCCAACUUUCUAAACUACAUCAUCAUAUUCGAGAUGCCGUGGAUAUUGAACACCGCGUUUAAAAUAAUUAAAUCGUGGCUACCACCGAAGGCGAUACCGAAGAUAAAAUUCGUACACAAAAGCAGUAUCAAUGAAUUUGUCGAUCCUAACGAUGUGCUUACAUGCUGGGGCGGCAGCAAUGAAUACGUCUUCAAAUUUGUACCAGAAGCACAAAACAAUAUGGAUGCUACACUGAAUGGUAAAAUUAAUAGCAGAAAGGUGCAUUUUGCAGAGAAUUCUCCAAUGACAGAACAAUCACCCGGUAGUUUCGGAGAACAGCAAACUGAAGCGCAACUGUUAUUCAUUGAACCAGACGCGAUUGUGUUUAAUAGAAUUGGGAAUGAGAUCGGUGGAACAAUUACGCUGAAAAAUAUGUCUUCUGCCAUGCCUUUAUCUUACAAAAUAAAAACAACGUCCCCUGAGAAAUUUCGAGUACGACCAAGCUCGGGAAUUUUAUUGCCACAAGAGCAACGGGUGAUUUCUGUUAUUUUGCAACAGGAAUAUAACGUUCGCGGGCUUUUACACGCUGACAGAUUUUUAGUUAUGUGCCUUCCGUUAAAAGAUCCAAAUACACCGACGCGAGAUUUGGCUGCGCUAUGGAAGUCCGAGAAACAGCCGGAACAGCAUAGACUGAGAUGUUGCGACGGCGGCAGUGUAAAUAAUGAAACGUCUAGAUCGAUAUUUUCGCCUGGAUUGUCGGAAAAUGGACAAACCGAUACACUGACUCGUAAAAUUGUACAUUUGGAAGAAUGUAACGCAAAGCUACAUAGCGACGUCAUUUUUAUAAAGCAUUUACUACUAUUCUCUGUAAUAGUAACAAUUGCAAUGGCCAUAAUAGUUGUUUAUAUUUUGAAACUCGAUAUAAAAAGUACCGUGGAGCAACCUACUGCUUGUCAUAUGUGUCACGAAUUAUAGAUUUUCAAAGUGUAGGAAUUUGUUUCGUUUCUACAGGCAUAUAAUAAUAACUUUAAUUAUUAAUUUA